AUGGGUCAAGCCAUUGCAACCCUUCGACAGAGUCUUAGCGAAGGUGACCAAGCUGUGGCCAGGAACGUCAAAGAACAACUUACAUUCCUAGUCAAUGCUGCGAACUCGAAAUUAGACAAAUACCAAAGCGACCUACACCAAAUGUUUGCAAACGUCGAUGCUGUCAAAAAGACAGUAGUCCCUGGCUAUCGUGCCCUCCGCUGGGAACGUGGCUACCGUGUCGGUGUCGAGCAAACGAGCAUCGAUGGUGGAAUUGGGGAGGUCGUCAAUACCUUUUUUGGUAGUGGAGAUAGUAACUCGGACAACAGUAAUCCAAUUCUCCAAGGCUUCCGGAAACUCAUUAAUACCUCAUUAAAUGCUAUCCUUGGGAAUGCCAAUGCAGGUGAACAACAAGAACAAAAAUUCUUCGUCUUUGUACACCACAACGCCAUUAUUCGAAUUGACGUCAAGAUCUGGCGCUAUAAUUUUGAGGGGAGAGGAGUUAUGGCCAAUUCGGAGAACGUAUUCUGCUAUGUCUUCUGCACUUCGGUGGUGCACCAUGCAGAACUCAAUGAGGACGAACUCACCUAUCUCGUUUCUGAGCAUGCAGGAGACUCUGCCGUGGAAGCUUAUAUCGACAGACUCAUAUCUGUAUGGGCGAAGAUCCAGGCGAUAUCCGGGAAGUAUGAGCACCCACGCAUGCUUCCUCCCGUGAAACCGACUCCGCCGUUGCCAGCCUCUGCGCCUCCCUCGGGGGAAGAGGAGUCUACCGUCCCUCCGAUUGUGGGUCAGCCCCAGGUCAAUGAGUAA